AUGCCCGAGCGAUGUCGAUGGCUGUUGUACUGCAGGGUGGCGCUGGUACUUUUACAGCUCCCGUCACCCGCGACAGCGUUGGUUCGCUACAGCUGGUGUCGGAGCGCUUUGCUUGCCCGCGAAGGCGCAAUAGGCUGCACAAACGUAGCCACAGCGGAAGAGACAGAUGGCCGCUGCGAAAGUCCACGGUCAAGCAAAUCGAGCCUGAAAGAAAUUGAGCUAUGGCUUGACGAGGUCGGCGUGGACCGGCGUGGUGGCGGGUGUGGGCCUCCGGCAGCUAGACUGACCAGUGUUUCUGGGAAAGGGAUCGGGCUCACGGCUUCCGUGGAAUUGGAGCGUGAUUCAACGGUGGCCAGCAUCCCCCGAAGAAUAUGCUUCUCGUCGGACGCCGCGGAUGCGCCUGCUGGAACGCUCAGAGCGUGGGCGCAUGACUUGUUUGCCUCCAUUCCGUCUUCCGCUGCUGCAGCAUGCUCAGAGAAACAUCUGAGUUUUGAGGGGGACGUGGCUGUGGUCACGCUGCAGGUUUUCCUUGAGAGUGCCGCCGGCGAGCGCUCAACGUGCGCGCCCUGGAUGGCGAUGCUGAAUCGAAAGGGCAGCCUUAACCUGCCGGCUUUGUGGCCGGACAGCGACCUUGAGGGCCUUAAAGGAACGCUUGUCUUGCAAGAUGUCGAGGCGUGCCUGGCGAGGGCCAAGUCGGAGCGUGUUGCCGUUGCUGCUGCGAUGGUGAAAGGAUUGCGGGGGGAGUUGGGGGGGGGAGGGAGGGCGGGGGGCGAGGGGGGGGGCUUCCCGGAGUGUCCUUGGUUGGAUACCAGCAAUAUGGAAGGGAGACCAACAUUCGCCGAGUGGUUGCAUGCACGGUGCACGGUCCAAUCCAGGGCGUAUCGCGUUCGGCGAAGGUACCUUCUCAUACCCCUGGUUGACUUCGCCAACCAUGAUGAUGAUGUGGCCUUUGCGGUGUGUCCAGGCGACGGCGUGUUUACCGGUUCAGACGAGGUCGUGUUCGUGGCAGACCGAACCUACAGGCCAGGCGAAGAAGUGUGCACGACCUAUGGUGAUAUGGACAACGCCAAGAGGCUCUUCUCCUUCGGGUUCGUCACCCUCAAGCAACAUGCUGCUCAGCCAUCUCAACGCCGCCCCGCGGGCAACAUGCUCCCUCUUCCGACGGAAGCCUUUUGCGACGUUGAAUUGACCAUAGCUGCGACAGAUGAGUUGCGCGUCUUCAAAGAGGCCGUUCUUCGCGAACGUCAAGCGGGAGAAGAUCUUGUGUCUCCAAAUCUAGGCGCGAUGUUCCCGUUGACCCCUUUCGUGUCGCAGUUGGUCGAGGGCCCGGCCCGAUUGUUUGUGGAAUCUGUCCUGCCUGUGAUGCGUCUUGUUGCUUUGACCCCUGAAGAGCUAACGGGUGGAGACGCCUUCGGCGAUGCGUGCGAUACUCGAAGUGUUUUUGGGACGAGUUUUGACAGCAGGAUGACCGAUACUAGCUCAGAUAAGUGCCCUGUCCUCGCUGCUGGCACAGGUCGUCAAGUUUUGGCGCAUUUGGGCAGUCGCCUGUCGCUUCAGAACGAGCAGCAGGCGUUGCGUCUCCUUGCAGAGCAAUGCCGCACUCGAUUGGGGUCACUCAACCCGACGUUUGGCGAUGUAGAGACUUUGAGAGCGGUCGCGGACGAUUCGCACGAAUCGAAGACAUUCGCGGCUUGUGGACCGCGCUCCUUGCUCUGCGCAACGGUACGAGUCGGGGAGGCUAUUGCGUGGUACGCACUUCUGAAGGCAUGCGCCGAAAAGAUGGAGGGUGGCACAGGCGUGCGUGAGGAACAGACUUGGGCUUCUUGGACAUUAGAACGUUGCGAAACAGCAGCCGAGUAGCUGUAGAUAAAAGAUUUGCCUCACAUGGGUGUCGAGUGAAGGCUACCAUGUACAUGUACACAUCGUGUUCU